AUGGCCCAGCCGCGCCCGCGCACCUCGCCACUACGCGCUCCGUGCAUCGCCGUACUCGUGCCCGUUGCCCUCGCGCUCCUCGUCGCGUGGCCGGUCCUCGCCCUCGCGACUCUGGUACCCGUCGUCGGCCUCGUCAGCUUCCCGACCCUCCUGUCGUGCACCGCCUCGCUCUUCUUGGUCCUCCCCGCCACCCUCCACCUCGUCCUCGCGCAGCCCGACUCGCCCAACCCGCCCCUCGUCCCGCGCGUGCGCCUCUUGUCCCCACUCGCCAACUUGCGCCUCCUGCACUGGGUCCUCCUCGUCCUGCACGACGCCUACGCCUCGUCCAUCUUCGCCCUCGCCCUCGAGACCCUCACCAGGCGCGUCCUCCUCGUCGGCGGGCGCGACGCGCACGGCAUCAUCCGCGAGAACAUCGCCUAUGCCGAGGGCCCAGACGGCGCAAGCAGCCUCAGGCUCGACGUCUACUUGCCGCAGCCGCGGCGGGCGAGGCGCGGAGAGCGCGACGACGGCGACGACGGCGCCGCGGCGAGCGAGCUGGCACCGGUCGUCGUUGUCCUCCCGUCGCCGUCGUACCGCCUCCUGUCCCUCUCGCGCACCUUUCCCUCGCCGCUCAUCGCGCACCGCCUCGCGCGCCUCGGCCCCACCGGUGCCCUCGUCGUCGUGCCGUCGCUCUCGGGCGCGCAGGGCCACGGCGCAGCCGGACAAGGCGUGGUCGGCAUCGAGCGCGCCGUCGGCGAAACGAGGGCCGCGCUCGAGUGGGUCGCAGAGCAUGCCGGGGCGUACGGCGCAGAUGCUGAGAGGUGCACGGUGCUCGGGUACGGCGCCGGGGCGCAUGUCGGCUUGCUCACUCUGGUGCAGAGCGCCAUCGUGUGCGCGCGAGAGGCGCUGCUCGGCGCGGCGGACGAGGAGAAGGAGGAGGAGGGGGCGGACGACGGCGACGUGGCGAGGGCAGAGGUCGAGCGGGCGCAGCUCGGUGUCGACGACGGGGCGACGUCGAGUGGUGGCGGUACGCCGCGGCGGCGAGGAGAGAGCUCGUCGGCCGACUACGUCCCCGUCCUCCUCCCUCGCGACACCUCUAUCGCGCCCUCGUCCUCGCACACCGACCGCCAGACCGACAGCGACCGUCACUCGUCGUCCUCGCCGGCGAGCCCGACUCGCCAACCUCCUUCCCCCUCGUCUUCGUCCUCCUCGCGUUCCUCGUCCAGCUUCGACCUCGACGCCGCCAUCGCUUCAGCCGACACCGGCACGCGCCGUCCGACCGCGCUCGCAGCACGCGACGUCCCCUCGGGCGUGCGCGCCUGCCGCCUGUGGACGCUCGCGCCCUCUUCCGGCGGCGCCCAAGACGGCGUCGUUGUCGUCGAGGACGAGCCCGAGUACGGCGGCGAGGCGCUCGCGAGCUUUGCGCUGCCGAGGAGGAGAGGAGGUGGGCGGCUCCGGGUUCAGGGCGUCGUGCUCGUCGGUGGGACGUACGACGUCGUGAAGCAGGGCAGGUGGCUCGAGGGGUGGGGCGCGGGCGACGUGAGCAACAUGGCGAGGUUCUGCCACGACGACGAGAGGGACAUCCUCCAGGCCUGCCCGUCGCACCUCCUUUACGCCGCCUCACCCCUCCUCGCACGGUCCCUCUCUUCCUCCUCGGCCACCACCACGACACCUCCUCUCCCGUCCCUCCUCCCUCCUCGGUUCCUCCUCAUCCACGGCGGACGCGACCCGCUCGUCCCCUUCUCGCAGGCGACCCUCCUGCGCAACCUCCUCGUCGGGAUCGGCGUCGGCGAGGCGAGGCUGCGCCUGUGCCGGGACGAGGGCGGCCUCGGGGCACUCGCGACGCUCAUGCGCCCGACGCGCUACUCGCCGCUCGUCAUGCGCGAGAUCGAGCACAUCGUGUUCGACCCGGUCGGCGACGAGGAGGGAGCGAGAGAGGGCCGUACGUCGGGCGCGAGGAGGAGGACGAGCAGGAGGGCGGGUUGAGCACGCUCGCCGCACGAGACGGGUCGCGAGCUGUAGCACAGGUCGUCGUCGUCGUGCAGUCGAGUCUGUCCCCCC